AUGCCGAUAGCCCCCUUACAAACAGAAUCUAGUAGCAGCUCAAGCGAUGGAUAUAGUUCCUCAAAUUCCGAGAGUUCAUCAGACGAUGAAUUGAAUAAUGAACGUUUAACAGCAGUGGUUCAGUCUAGGGUAGACAAUAACAUAUUUCCUACAAGAGCUACCUGCAUCGAAGAAAAUAUUUCUCGCAAUGAUUCGAUUGAGCCAGUAGUUUCAACUUCACGUUCUACACCUCCAACUUCUUUAGAACUUACUGUUGAUACCAAUUCUACACAUCUUGGUUGUAACGAUAAUAUCAACUCAAAUAAAGGACGGAAAAGAAAAUCUACACCCAAUAACUGGUUGCGUAACAAGGCAAAAAUCCUAAGAAACUCUGGUAAGUCCUAUAUAUCCAAUUCUAAAAAGGGAAAAACCGUUGCGCCUGCAAAGUCUCUCAAAACACCGUGUACUGAUAAAUACAAACAAAAAUGUACACAAAACAUUACAGAAUCACAGCGCAAAGAAAUUUUUGAAAGCUUUUGGGGCAUGGGAGAUCUGCAAAGGCAACGGGAGUUUAUUUUACGCUAUCUUUCCGUCAUUCAACCACGAUACUCAUACAAGAUGCAUAACAGUAACCGAGGGAAAAACAACGCUUUUUAUUUGACCAUUGAUAAUGAGAGAAUUCGAGUGUGUAAAGUAUUUUUUAAAUCUACGCUAGAUAUAACUGAUGCCUUUAUCCGAACUAUUAUUCAAAAGAAGCAGAAUUCAUGUGGCAUGUUAGAUUUGGAUAAUCGUGGCAAACACAGUCAACAUUUCCAUUUAGAUCCGGCUAUUAAAGAAAGUGUAAUUCAACACAUCAACUCAAUUCCAAAAAAUUGA